CGAGCAGUACUUCGUGCUGCUAGCUAUCGGCCAAUCAUAAUACAGCUUUCAUAUCUCACGGACCCACAUCCGAUUUGAAAACAUUACGUCAAAUUCACGGGACAAAAUUACUUCGAAAUCGGACUAGUUCCUGUCGAUCAUUGCAGUUGAAGGAAGUACGAACACAGAUCGCAUCCAAAUUAUCUUGUUUGACCAACACUGAUCACCUGACACUGAUCACCUGACACUGAUCACCUGACCAAUGAGGCAUAAUGGCAGAUGAUCAAGAAUAUUUGAAACUUCCCAUUGAUGAACAAUGCGUUCACAAGGUUUGGAAAGCCCGACUGCACGGUUACGAGGAGGCGACGAAGCUUUUCAAAAAGAUCAGCGAAGAGAAGAGUCCCGAGUUUUCCAAGUACGCUGGUCUAUUGAAGAAGUUUGUGACUGAUAGUAAUGCUGUAGCACAAGAGAAAGGACUAGAGGCUGUGCUGGCCUUCCUAGAAAGUGCCCACGUAGCACCCAGAACUGUUGGUGAAGUCACUGCUGGUGUGGUGGCAAAAUGUCUGAAUUCCUCAAGGACCAAGACGAAAGAGAAAGCCAUGGAGAUUCUUAUGGUGUACAUAGAACUCGAGAAACAAGAGCAAGUUAUGGAGGAGCUUCUGAAAGGACUCACAAACAAACAACCAAAGAUUGUCACUGCAUGCUUGGAAGUCAUGGCUUCGGCCGUCAGAGAGUUUGGGUCGAAGGUCAUCACACUCAAACCCAUUGUCAAGUCCGUUCCUAAGGUUCUUGAACACAGUGAUAAGAAUGUAAGAGAGAAAGCCAAGCAGCUAGCCAUAGACCUCUACCGAUGGAUCGGUGCUGCCAUUAAACCAAGUCUACAGAAUAUCAAACCUGUGCAGUUGAAGGAGUUGGAAGAGGAGUUUGAGAAGUUACCAGGAAAGGCUGCCAAGCAGACAAGAUUCCUCAAGUCCCAGCAGGAUCUCAAGGCCAAGGCCCAGGCCCAGGAAGAUGGAGAGGAAGAAGAAGAAGAAGAUGAAGCGGACACAGCCGGUCCUGCAAUAGAUCCCUAUGAUCUCCUAGAGCCUGUGGAUAUCCUGGCUAAGUUACCCAAAGACUUUUAUGAAAACAUGGAGGCCAAGAAGUGGCAGACAAGGAAAGAGGCUUUGGAGGUUCUCCAACCCUUGACUGCGAAUCCUAAGAUAGAACCAGGAGACUUCGCUGAACUUGUCAGGGUACUUAAAAAGACGGUAGCCAAAGAUAAUAACGUGAUGAUAGUGGCCCUCGCAGGGAAGUGUAUGGCAGGUAUCGCUCUUGGAAUACGCAAGAAGUUCUCCCCGUAUGCAGUUGCAUGUAUAUCAUCAAUCCUAGAUAAGUUCAAAGAGAAGAAAAUAAAUGUAGUGACGGCUCUCAGAGAAGCCAUUGAUGCCAUCUUCCCAACAACAACGUUUCAGAACAUUCUAGAAGACGUUCUAGCAGCCCUAGACAACAAGAAUCCUUCCAUCAGGACCGAGACAGCACUAUUCCUUGGAAGGGCGUUCAGACAAUGCACACCUGCAACGCUUCCUAAAGCGAUUCUCAAACCACUCUGUAUAUCGUUAGUCAAAAAACUAUCAGAUACAACACCAGACUGCAGAGAAGCGGCUUCUGAAACACUGGCAACAGCCUUGAAGGUUGUAGGAGAGAAACCUAUGAAUCCAUUCCUAGCUGAUCUAGAAAAGAUUAAAUUAGACAAGAUCAAGGAAUACAGUGAUAAGGUCGAGCUAGCCCAUGGUGGCGGCAAGAAGAAAGCAAAAGCAAAAGACCCCAAAUCAGAACCAGGGCCAUCAAAGGAGGCUCCUGCUGCCAAGGCCGCUGCCAAAGCUCCUCCUAAGGCCAAGUCUGGGAAAACGGCAAAAUCAAAAUCAAAGUCAGAGGCCAGUGCUUCUGGUAAAACAGUGAAAGGAGGAAAGAAAAAGGCACCAAAGAAUGAGAGUCAAGAAGAGACGAAAUCUGAACCUUUUCUUACGGAUGAAGAGGUUCAAGAUAAAGCAGAGGUUCUUCUUUCAGCAUCUAUUCUAACUCAACUAGCCUCCAGUAACUGGAAAGAAAGGUUGGCUGCAAUGGAAGAAUUCACCAAGAAAGUUGAGAACAUGGAGAAGAAUGAUAUCAAUGCUCAAGUGUUUGUCAGAGUUCUUGCCAAGAAACCCGGCUUUAAAGAAGCCAAUUUUCAGGUGAUGAAUGCUAAGAUAGCUCUGGUAGGCUUCCUAGCAGAGAAAGCAAGGUUCUCACGCCGAUGUGCUCAGGUCGUCAUAGCACCUCUCAUUGACAAGAUCGGUGACACCAAGUCGGGGUCAAAGGUCAAGGAAUCAUUGACGGCGGUCGCCGAGGCCUGUCAGCUGGGAUACAUAGCCGAAGAGACGAUAACAUAUGCCUUUGAGAAGCAGAAGAAUCCCAAGAACCAAGCAGAGCUACUUAAUUGGUUUGCACAAGCUAUACAGGAGUUUGGCUUCUCAACGGUGACCCCUAAGAAAGUGAUUGCGUUCCUCAAGACAGCAGUGGCAGCGGUCAACCCUCAGGUCAGAACGGCAGCCAUCAGUCUGCUGGGCGUGAUGUACAUGUACAUGGGAGCUAAUCUACGGAUGCUGUUUGACGGAGAGAAGGCUGCCCUCUUGGUCACCAUUGAUGCAGAGAUUGAGAAGGUUUCUGGGCAGAAAGCUCCUGCUCCGUUCCGAGGGAUCGCAUCUAAGAAAGACGACAAGGGCGACGUUGAUGAGGAUGAUGAAGAGGAGGAGGAUGAAGAUGUAGGAGGAGGAGGAGCAAUGAAUAUGGCAGAUCUCAUCCCAAGGACUGACAUCUCAGGUCAGAUCACGACAGAACUCGUUGCUGAGAUGGGAGAUACCAAAUGGAAGAUCAGGGGUGAAGCCUUAGAAAAGGUAACUGGGAUCUUGAAGGAAGCUAAAUUCAUCACACCCAACCUAGGUGAUCUACCUACUGCACUGAAAGGAAGACUAGGAGAUUCCAACAAAAACUUGGCGCAAACAACGGCAAACAUACUGGCGACGAUAGCGGCAGCCCUAGGCCCUGCCUCGAAGCAACAUGUGAAGAACUUUGCAGCUGGACUCCUGUUACUCUGUGGGGAUAGCAAGCCAUCUGUGCGAGCCGCUGCUACCGCCUCACUGACGGCAUGGGAAGAGCAGACUGGACUAGCGCCCUUCAUUGAAGAUGAGAUCCUAGUAUCUGUCCUAGCCAAAGACAAACCUGUACUCAGGUCUGAGAUCUUUGGUUGGUUAGAGACGCGGAUGGGUAAAUACCGCUCGUUACCGUCGGAGCUGUCUCAGUGUGUCCCUCACCUGCUGGCUGGUCUAGAGGAUAGGAGCGCUGACGUGAGGAAGAAUGCUACGGCUGUCCUUCCUCUCUUCAUGAUGCACCUCACCUAUGAGAAGAUGGUCAAGAUGACCGGGAAGCUCAAGGCAUCAUCGAAGGACCAGGUUGUAGGUAUCAUGGAGAAACAGCGUGCUAACAUUCCUGCCAAGCCAGGCAAACCAGAGAAAGCUACCAAGGCUGCCAAGAAAGAGACAUCCCGACCUUCUACGGCUGCUCCUACGGAAGAACCUGAAUCGAAGAAAGAAUCUGCUCCUACCAAACGACCAAAGACUGCUCCGGCUAAGCCAGUGCAAAAUGACACUGGAUCCACCAGUAGCCUGUCCAGCUCUGCCAGUGCCCCACCAAGCGAGGGCGCUUCAUCGAAGGGCAAGGCAGGCAAAGGGGCGUCGGCCAAGGGAAAGGCAGGGAAGCCUGCUCCGUCUAAGAAGAAGAAAGAUGAGGAUGAAGAAACAGGACCGGCUUUAAUUCAGAACAACGGCAAGGAUAGGAGAUUGAAAGAUGAAUCAGAUUUGAAGGUUCUGAAGUGGAAUUUCACGACCCCUCGAGCAGAGUACGUUGACCAGCUUAAAGAUCAGAUCCAGCCUUGUGUUAGCAAGACUCUCUUCGGACUUCUUUUCCACGCUGACUUUAAGAAGCAUAUAGUCGGUGUAGGGAUUCUUACAGAGUAUGUCGAGAGCAGUCAGAAUGCAAUCAAGUCUAACCUGGAUGUCUUACUCAAAUGGUCCUCCCUCCGAUUCUUCGACACCAACACCAGCGUUCUGGUCAAGAUGUUGGAGUUCCUCCGUUCAGUGUUCACAAUGCUCUCCUCAAUCGACUACAGUCUGCUGGAUCAGGAGGCCAAUAGCUUCAUUCCGUAUCUCAUUCUCAAAAUUGGUGAUCCUAAGGAGAAUGUGCGUAAGGAUGUUAAAGCUGUUAUCAAGCUUCUUACUAAGAUCUAUCCCGCAAGUAAGAUGUUUGGAUUCCUUAUGGAUGGCAUCAAAUCAAAGAAUGCGAGGCAGAGAACAGAAUGUUUGGAUGAGCUUGGUAUCCUGAUUGAACUGUACGGUCUCAACGUCUGUCAGCCCUCGCCUCCUAAAGCACUGAAGGAAGUCGCCAGUCAGAUCGCAGAUCGAGAUAACACUGUACGAUCAGCAGCUCUCAACACACUAGUACAGGUCUAUAGCAUCGUAGGAGAGAAUGUGUAUAAAUACAUUGGAAAUUUGAAUGAGAAAGAGAUGAGUUUAUUGGAGGAGCGAAUCAAGAGGUCGGGCAAGAAACCAGCUCCAGCAAAGACAGAACCGGCUCCAUCUAAGAAGAAUACUGAUGAGAAGACGGCUAAAGGACCUGAUGCCAAGAAAUCAAAUCUCCCACCCGGCUGGAGAGAUGCAUACAGGAAUCCUGGGAAGGGGCAGAGACCAGCCACAGCGCCCCCUAAGCAACCAGGGAACCAAUCGUCCGCGCCUAAAGUCUUCUCUUUAGAUCUCGAUCAGCUCGGUCUGAAUGAUGAUGAAGCCGAUCUCAAGGCACCAGAACUGGAAGAUACAGAGGUCAAUGACCUCUUAGAGAAACCUGUAGUCUUACCCAAGAGGAAGGUGCAGAAAUCUGCAGUGCCGACAAUGAUGCAACUCAACUUCAUGAUAUCACAGAUAGCCAGUAAUGACAUAGCCAUCAGCAUACAAGCAUUAGCUCAGUUGGAUGAGAUCUUGAAGGAGCCUGAGAACACGAAGGCUGUGGUUGAACAUGCUGAUCAGUUGCUAAUAGCAACCUCGCUUCAGCUACGUAUGGCAUUCAGUAAACACAUGGGAGAUGAGAUCACGUCAAAAGAUGUGAUUAGGAUGUACAGGUGCUUGGCUGCGCUCCUUGUAUCGGUGUUUCAGAACAGUAGCCUGAGUCAACGAGCCUCUAAGGAUGUCCUCUGUGACCUCAUCAACGGCCUCAUCACCGUCCUCAUCGACGACCGUCUCAUGUCCUUCGAUGACGGACCCCAGGUCGUACGAUCUUUCAACAUUGUCAUGGCCAAAGUGGUGGAAAAUUCAAACCAUAAUGCAGCAAUGGGUGCCCUGAUCAAGCUACUUCAAGAGUGUGUAGCUCGUGAGAGUGGUUCAACCAAGUUUGCUUCGCUCAUUAUGAAGUGUUUAUGGCGGUUAGUGCGGACUAUGCCAAACAUCAUCAACGAGCUGAACGUGGAUCGUAUCCUGUUAGACCUCCAUCAGUUCCUCAAAGCGUUUCCCUCGUCCGUCUGGCGUGAUCUACCCAGCGAUACACCGCUCCGUACCGUCAAGACCAUCCUUCAUUCGCUGGCCAAGAUACUGGGUCAAAAGGUUCUGAACCACUUAACGCUGAUCCCAGACACCAAAGAUUCUGAGGUAGAAUCUUAUCUCAAGAAGGUUCUUCGUAGUGGUAGUGUUAGCAGCUCGUCCAGCAACGACCACAUCAACGGAUCUGCUCCGGAUCUGGUACGAUUGCAUUCCGAUAAAAAUGUCAAGCAAUCACCACGGAGAACACCUGCAAGGACGAACGACCUUCUUGCUCUUAUCUUCCAGAAGAUUGGAUCUAAUGAAAAUACAAGAGAGGGUCUGGCUGAGUUGUAUGACUUCAAGCAGAAGUACCCAGAGGUUGAUAUCGAUCCAUUUCUAAAGAAGACCUCGCAGUAUUUCCAAGCUUACAUCACACAUGGUCUGCAGAACAUCGCCAAGGAGAGAGGAGAGAAGAACAUCCAUACCACGAACGUCAUGGUCAAAGACAACCAACAGGAAAAUAAUCCAGAGCAAAUCACAUCGUCGAACCCACGACCUGAUGGAGAUGGCACGGACAGCGAGCCAAUCAGUGAUGUGUUGGGUCGUAUCAAGGUGUUACGUGCACGCUGUGGAUUAGAGAAUGCCCAAGAAGGGAUGGUAGAAAACCUUCCGAAGACUGCUCCUCCAGCCAAACAAGAGAUCUCGGCACCUCCCUCAGAAACCUCCAACAAAGAGCCACUGCGAGGAGGUAGCCAUCAUUUUGUGCCAGAGAGGAUCUCCUUAGGAAGUAGUUCGUCCAAUCUUCCUGCCACAGCACCACAGCUGGCUCCAUUACCAGACGUGGAUGAUCUUAAGAAAAGACUGGAGAAGAUCAAGAACUCCUGCAAGUAAAAUCAUUUCUAUGAAGAGCUUCUAGCUGAACCCUGUAGACUUGAGACUGUCUAGAACUCCUGCAAGUAAAAUCAUUUUCAUGAAGAGCUUCUAGCUGAACCCUGUAGACUUGAGACUGUCUAGAACUCCUGCAAGUAAAAUCAUUUUCAUGAAGAGCUUCUAGCUGAACCCUGUCAACUUGAGAACGUCAAGAACUCCUGCAAGUAAAAUCAUUUUCAUGAAGAGCUUCUAGCUGAACCCUGUCGACUUGAGAACGUCAAGAACUCCUGCAAGUAAAAUCACAUCUAUGAACAGCUUCUGAAUUUUGUACACUUGAGAGCGUCAAGAAUUCCUUCAAGUAAAAGCACAUAAGAACAGCCCUACAAUGUAUUUAUUUCUUAUACCUUCCUCACAUGUCCAAACUGACGGAUGCUUGGUCAUGCGAGGGGUAAUGUUUGUUUGGGCCGUUGUUGGUCUCCUAACUGGAACUGGAGUAUGAAGAUUUGUUUAAAGAAUUGAACAAUUGCAAGAAAUUUUGCAAGUACAGUCAAACCUGUAUAUAGCGACCGCCCAAGGGAAACACAAAAAGUGGUCUUUGUAGACAGGUGGCCUUUGUAGACAGGUUCCUUUAGUACAUGUUUCAAUGAGAAACCAUUUUCAAGGGAAACAAAAAAUGUGCUUGUUGUAGACAGGUGGUCACUAAAGCAGGUUUGACUGUAGUUGGCAGUAAACCAGUAUCAAGUAAUUCAUGAUGUGCAUGUCUUGAGAGGAUUGUUGGUGCAAUUAUUGCAAGCCUGGUGUAAUGGCACACGCACGGAGUACAGUAAGCAUAGCCGAUCAGUGUAAUGCUUGACUCAGUCUGCUCAUCGAAUAUCCUUUGCCAUUUGAAAAGGUUAAAGUUACUCAAGCGUGGGUUGUAGAGGGCAGCACACGUACGCAUGCACAGGAGCGUAAUACCCAUUUGCUCAGUGUUAUGUAGUGAUCGCCAAGUUGCCUACUUCACGAACGACUAUAUACCCACGCUUGAGCAACUUUAUAGGUCGGUCCCAGACGUAAAUAAUCAUAUCUGAUUGAUAAACAUCUGUAAAAACCAAAUUACACACAUACAUCCAAAACCUAUUUCAGUCUUUCCAUCUUUCUUUUAUUUGAACCCUGAGCUUCCUUUUCAUUUUCUUUCUUUCUGUACAGCUUAUUAUCUUGUUUAUGCCUUCAAAGAUGAGAUUGCUUUCAUCUUUCUGUUUGUUUUUUCCUUAUCCCACCCACAGAUACUGAAUAUGUCUUGCAUUUGAAUUUAUUUAUCAAAACACACUUCAAAGCGAUCUGUUGAAAAUAUUUGUUGUAUAUAGGAGGUAAUUGAUAAUGAACUGCUUUCUUGACUUGCCGUAUAAAUGAUGUGUAUACAAAUGUACAUUUUACAACAUUUGUACAAAUGUACAUUUUACAAAGUAUAAAUGAGCAGACCAUAAGAAUAUCAGCAUUCUAAUGUACAAAAUUCUAGACAUGUAUAUUGUAAAUAUAUGCGAUGCACAGGAAUUGGGUUUAGCUGCACAAUACAAGUUUGUAUCUUGCUUUUCUUGUUGACCAGUAAUAUUACUCCACUUGUGUGUAGCCUGUGACGGAUUGGCCUUGUGUACAAAAUGCAUAUGUAGUAACAGUUAAUCUGAAUUGUUCGCAAAGUGAUGAUAACAAUUAAUGUUGGUGCCAGUAUGUAUUCACUUGCUCAUCAUUAUCAAAUUACAGCACCCUAUGAAAUUGAUCACAAAUGUUUCAUUGAAAAAUGUUAAAAUCUUUGCAGAAUGUUGAAAAAUGUGAAGGAGAGGAGUGGAUUACUUUACAUAACAGCUCCAUUGUGAAUACACAAACAAAAACGGCCCCCUUCAAGUAUUCUUCCAAGAGCUUUAUCUUCUAGGUUGUGUGUUAUGCUAGUAAUAGUAUUGUCAAAUGAACCAGCAAUGCUAAUCUUGAUUUUCAGUAAAUUUGUGCAAUAUGGCCCAGGGUCUGUAACAUGACAAAUCUUUCAUUUCUUGAUCUAAAAUUGUUCUAAUAUUUCCCUCAAAUUGAUUGAGCUUAGCGUAUGGAUGUAUUAUGCUCCUGGCCUAUACAUCAGUUUAAGAUAAUACGAUGUACUUUGAAUUUAAAGGACAACCUACCCCACCAUCUGGGCCCUGUUUCACAAAACUUAUUAUCAGCAACAAGUUUCAAUAACUGUUAUAAGCUACUGAAAUUGUGGCAUUUGAUUGGCUGAGAGCAACUUUGUCAUAGACAUUGAGCAGUUGCUAUUGAUAACAAAUGUUAUGGAACAGGGCCCUGUUUAGAUACAGAAGGUCUGUGUAAAAGUAUUUGAGUUUAUGCAGCCAUUGCUCUCAACAAACAAACAACAUAGAUAUGUUUUCCUCACUUAUUUUUUUCUUGGCCACUCUGCUAUAUUUCAUGAUACUCUUGUAAUUUGAGUUUAUUUUGACUAUGCAAACCAAGAUUGGACAACUUUGUAGCUUUGCAAUUCUUCAAGAUAUAGGUGUCUAAUUCGAUCUGAGCUAAACUGCGGCCCAUUUGAUAGUCUUUGAGAGAGAGAAUAAGAUGUAUUUAAUGAACUUGAUUUAUUGUAUAAUCUGUUACAUUCAUGUACACGAUAAUUGAAACGAAUAGACAUGCUUGUGCAGUACAUCUAAUAUAUCCUCAUAUGUCGAAUUAAAAACCUGAAAUGUUUUCAGGCUAAAUGAAAACUGGAAACCAUGUUUUUAAAAAACUGAAGGUUUACAAAUGUUGAAAUGUAUUGAUUUUAUAAUAUAUUCUGGAGAUGUUCACAGUUAUGACAUUGUAGCUAAAGUAUUGUGGUGUGAAAUGAUUGUAUAAUAGAAAAGUAAAUCCUAUUGUCUUUUUGUUGUUGCAAGUUUUCUACAUUGUAUGUACAUAAGCACCUCCGUCUAUCUAUACAAGUGCGCUAUCCAUUGUUUAUUACAUGUGUGUGUCAUGUAGAGCAAGGUACGGUAUGAGAGCAUAUAUCUGUGCUGCAAAUACUACGAUGAAUAUAUGUAUCAAGACACUGGCAGUUUGGGGGAAUUCCCAUUUUGUAGAGCAAGAAACGGUAUGAGAGCAUAUAACUGUCCUGCAAAUACUACAAUGAAUAUAUGUAUCAAGACACUGGCAGUUAGGAGAGUUUGGGCGAAUUACCAUUUUGUGAUUAUAAAGUGUGAAGAUCUUUUUUCACCCAGUGAAACAAUGCAUUCAUGCCUGUACAUAUAAUCCUGGAUGCAUGUUUAGUAUCGGUUAGUGGGGCACUGUAAAAUGCAGUUCUAAAUGUUUAGUAGACGUAAUAUAUAUAGCCAUGUACAGGCUUUAUUCAUGUUAACCUGUUGCCUACUAAAACCUGGUCAUUCCUGUAUAAAGCUUUCAAUGAAUCAGAGAAUUCGGUAGUCAACCGGUUAAUACACCCUUGUAUACUAUCCUGAUCAGUGUUGGUAUGAAUGCUACCUACAUACGCAUUCAAGAUUAUACUUAGCUGUAAAUAUAAUAUGCAUGCUAGUUUGUGUGUGAGAGAGAUGUCAACUUGAUAGUAAUAAUCAGAAUUCUUUUCUAAUUUUUUUUUUUUUACAUUGUGCUGAUGCUUUGAUUUCAAAUUCACUAUCUUUUCAAGAUCUAUAUAUAUAUCGCUAUUUUUGUAACUUUAUUUUUGUUGCCUUUUCAAAAUGGACAGCAUGCUGCGUAAGAAUGCCAAGAGUCAAGCCUGUUCAAUAGCAUUUGGUAAAUCCUGUCUCUUGCAAGUAUAUAUCUUUAACUCUUUUCUUUUAAAUUUAUGAGAUGACUUACAUGCACAGCUGGUUUCAUUGCGUGUUUCAGGAUCACAUAGAGCCGUUUGACAACUCUUGGUUGAGAAAACUUGAAACCAAACAAAGUUUGAAAGCUAUAGUCCCAUGUGCAUGAUUAAAUCACUUUUUGAUUCAACCAAUCAAAACCAUCGUUUCAGAUGCCAGUUGAUUGUGAGAGGUUAACCCUGAUUGGUCCCGAUUGGUUUGUACUCGUAAACUUAGUCCAUGUUUAAGUGGGUAGAUGAAGUCUACUGAUUUAUAGAGUACCAAAUACUGACAUCUAUUGAAAAUAUCCAUCAUUCUGUUAAUGUAGUAAAGGAUCGUUUGUGUGGAAAUUGGAUAGAUUGGAAGCUAAUCUCAAGAUUCUAUGCCCCUGUAUUACAUCUAUACGUCCUUCUCAUUCAUUAAGUUUACUGCUGAAUUAAACCUUAUAUCCCAAUUUCUAGUGAUUUUCCAACAAGCCCAAACAUAGUAGUUUAUGUUGACUUAUUAACCAAGUAUGACAGGUCUUCUAUGUAAGAAUCAAGGAAUCUGAGUAGAACAAUGACAUGAGAUAUUGUACAUACAGAUUUGAAGAUUAUGUUGAACAACAUUGUGUUUUCCUGCUGCCAAGUUGUGCGGUGAUAUUUUCUUGAAGGCAUCGAUGUGUAGUGUGCGUAUGGAUGAGUACAUGUACUUGUACAAUAAAAAUGGUAAUACACCA